AUGCAAGCACAGGCUUUCAGUACGGAGACGCAGAGUGGCUCACAAAGCACAGCUCAUACUGGGGAGCACAGAACAGAAGGAGUAGACGCUACAAAAAACAAACCAGUAGACCUCCAAACCAAAGCAGUCUCCGUCAGAAAGGCCACGCGGUCCCUGAACAACCCACCGAGCUCAAAUGUACAGACCAAAGCAGCCUGUGAGCAUAUUAGCAUUCAACAUUCAUCCUUCAGAAUCCCCCCACCCACCUCCUCGGAGCAGGGCCUGUAUCAUUUCGGAAGAAGCCCAUCAAACCUUCGUACCUACUUUGCCCCAAAGGUGGUGCACCAUCACAGCGCACCGCCGCACUGGCACAUCGAGUGGUCUGCCAUGCGCAUCGUGGAAGGCACAGCAACGCUUCUCAACAAGGAACAGGCUGCGUGCAGGACCCAAUCUUCGCCAGCGCUACACAAACAAUGGCAUCACCAGCAAGACGCCAUCAAGGAGCAAUACUACGCCCCAAGCCCACAGCUGUGCGGCACACACACCAGCCAAACAAGAGGCUUGAUUGUCACGAGCCCACCUGCAGAAUACAACGUCAACAGCAAAACAUGA